UGUUUUGGGAAUUCGUGGUUGGCAAUACGUAAAACCCGGUAUGGUAACAAUGUCAUUUUGAUUGCGGGAAAUUCCAAUUGGUAUUAUUAUCGUCAAAAUGAUUAAAUACAAUAAGGGAGAUUAAAAUUCUGUAUCAGUAUUUUCAUCUCAGAUUGAUACAUGUAGAAUAUAAAUACCGUUCAAUUUAUGACCAUCAACUUUAGUAAAUCAGAUAGUCUUUGAAUAAUGUUUAUACAAAAGAUAGCAAAAUUUAAGGUUAGGUGAUAAGGUCAGCUGAUAUUUAUCCACUAUAAGUGCAAAGUUUUCUCCACGGCAAAAAAAAUUAAUUAAGCAGUAGAAGGAUGAUUCGAGCAUGUUCGAAGGUGUCUUUUAAAUUGUGUGAAAACCUCAACCCAAAAAUAUCAAAGCUACAGAUAAGCACAAUGUCAAAUCCACUUGUUGCUGUCUGUCAAAUGACAUCUACAUCGGACAAGGAAAAAAACUUUGAGGCUGUCAGCAAUUUAGUUGCAGAGGCCAAACGAAGAAAUGCUUGUAUUGCAUUUUUACCUGAAGCAUGUGAUUAUCUAGCUGAUAAUAAGGCUGAUUCUGUGUCAAUGGCCGAAUCUUUGGAUGGCUCCAUAGUGCAACGUUACAAGGAACUUGCUUUAAAAGAAGACAUGUGGCUUUCUCUUGGUGGGGUUCACGAAGCUGUAUGUUUUAAACCGAAACUUCCAGAGAAAGGAAAAACCCAAAAUGCUCAUAUCAUAAUCAACAAUAAGGGAGAGCUAGUUUCCAUUUACAGAAAGAUACACUUAUUUGACAUGGAGAAUAAAGAAACGGGUGUCAGACUAAUGGAGUCUGACUAUGUUCUAAAGGGUAGUAAAAUUGUUCCACCAGUAGCAUCUCCAGCAGGAAAAAUUGGCUUGAGUAUUUGCUAUGACAUGCGGUUUCCAGAAUUAUCAUUAUGUCUUCGGAAUAUGGGUGCACAAAUUCUGACAUUCCCUUCUGCUUUCACAUAUCAAACGGGAGCAGCUCAUUGGGAAGUCUUGUUAAGAGCAAGAGCUAUUGAAACUCAGUGCUAUGUUAUUGCAGCUGCUCAAGUUGGAACCCACAAUAAAAAAAGAGUUAGCUGGGGUCAUGCAAUGAUAGUUGAUCCAUGGGGAACUGUUGUUGCUCAAUGUAUGGAAAAACAAGGUGUUGCAGUAGCUGAGAUUGACUUGGACAUUGUAAAUAAAGUGAGGAGAAAUAUGCCGAAUGAACAACAUAGACGAACUGAUUUGUAUCCAGCAAUGUUAUCAUUGGAUGGUUAAAAUUUUAUUUUUUUUUUAUUCAAUGUAAAUAUGAUUUUAAUUAAACGAAAUUAUCUAAAUGUAAGUAUAAAGUGCAUACAUGCCAAAAACUGUAUAAAAUGAAUUCCAUAAGUUUUGCAUAGUAUGCAAAUGUGAAUAUUUUUGUACAAUAAAUUUGCUAUUAAACACCGUUGUA